AGUGAGGACAUGGAAAAGGAAAAUGAAACACUGAUGAGAGAGUUUGUUCUCACAGGACUUAUAUAUCAACCAGAGUGGAAAAUCCCCCUGUUCCUGGCAUUCUUGGUAAUAUAUCUCGUCACUAUCAUGGGGAACCUUGGUCUGAUUGUUCUCAUCUGGAAUGACCCUUACCUUCACAUCCCCAUGUACUUAUUCCUUGGGAGUUUAGCCUUUGUGGAUACUUGGUUAUCAUCCACAGUGACCCCAAAGAUGCUGGUCAACUUCCUAGUCAAGAAUAAGAUGAUAUCUCUGUCUGAAUGUAUGAUACAAUUUUUUUUCUUUGGAACCACUGCAACCACAGAAUGUUUUCUCUUGGCAUCAAUGGCAUAUGAUCGCUAUGUAGCCAUAUGCAAACCUUUACUCUAUCCAGUGAUUGUGACCAAUACACUAUGCAUCCGCUUGUUAGUCUUGUCAUUUGUAGGUGGCUUUCUUCAUGCAUUAAUUCAUGAAGUUGUUAUGUUUAGAUUAACCUUCUGUAAUUCCAACAUAAUAUAUCACUUUUACUGUGACAUUGUCCCAUUAUUAAAAAUUUCUUGUACGGAUCCUUCUAUUAAUUUUUUAAUGCUUUUUAUUUUAUCUGGUUCUAUUCAGGUAUUCACCAUUGUGACUGUUCUUGUCUCUUAUACUUUCGUUCUCUUUACAAUCUUAAAAAAGAAGUCUGUCAAAGGCAUAAGGAAAGCCUUCUCCACCUGUGGCGCCCAUCUUUUAUCUGUGUCUUUAUACUUUGGCCCCCUCCUCUUCAUGUAUGUGCACCCUGCAUCUCCAAGAGCAGAGGAUCAAGACAUGAUGGCAUCUUUAUUUUACACAGUCAUGAUUCCUUUGUUAAAUCCCAUUAUCUACAGCCUGAGAAACAAGCAAGUCAUAGAUUCACUGAUGAAAAUAUUAAAAGGAAAUAUUUAG